CAGCCAUUUGGAAAGCAAGGAGCGAUCAGUUUGACGCAGGGCUGUGAUUGAGAGCGGAGCUCCGAUAUUAACAGCCACGAUGGGGAAGAAGACUCGCACAGGCACCGGCAGGAGAACCAUAUUACAGCUUUCACCGCCGGGACCGACCCGCAGCGCUACAGGAGCAGCCAGAGAGGACGGUGUCGGCUCGGGAUCCGAAGACGAACCUGAGGGUAACACGGAUGGUCAGAGAGAAGUUAAUGUAGUAAUGAAGACACCAGCUGUGAAGGCCACACGUAAGUUAUACCUGAUUGUUAGUUCGUCUGUAAAUGGCAAUGGUGUGGCAAAUCAUAGUGGUUAUACUGAGCAGCAGUCUGUUGCAGCUGCUCCUGCAUCUAAAAACGAAACCAAAAAGAAGGAAGUAAUUGAGAGUGUCGUGGCUUUGACCAGUGAGGAAGAAGAGAGGAGAGGGGUUGCAGCUACUCUCCUAGCUCCUCUUAUCCCAGAAGAAGUUAAGGAGGCAGAGGAGAAGUGGAGAAAGAAGGUGCUGGCAAUGGAGGAGACUGUAGAAGCGGCCCAGGAACUAGAAGGCGAAGGCACUCCAUCUUUGGACUCCCCAGCUCUCCGAGAUACGGACAGCCAGAGUAACCAGCGCAGCAGGAACCACUCCGCAGAGUCUUCUGACAGGGAGGAGGAGGCAGAAGAGGACACCAUGGAACUAGAACUAGCACUAGAGAGGAAAAAAGCUGAGCUUCGUGCCUUGGAGGAAGGUGACGGCAGUGCCGGUGGUUCGAGCCCCUGUUCCGAAGCAAGUCAGGAUGGGCCAAAAAGUAAUUUACUUUUGAAGAAGAACAAAUGGAAGACGUCUUUCCACCGUGCGCCAAGUCCUGACUCGAGCAGCCGGGGCUCAGACAAGGCGGGAUGGGCCACUCCAGAGCACUCAGACAAUGCACAUUCCAAAACUGCUGAGAAGUUAGGAGAGGAAGAUGAAAAGGAGAAGUCUGUAUCCAAAGCUCUUCAAAAGGAAGAAGAGGACCUCAAGUUUCAGAUUGGAGAGCUUGCUAACACACUCACCAACAAAAUGGAGUUUUUGGGAAUCGACAAGAAAGCCAUCUCGAACUUUCAACUGCUGUUGCUGCAAACGGAGACGCGGAUCUCAGACUGGCGAGAGGGUGCUCUGAACGGAAACUAUCUCCGGCGCAGGCUGCAGGAAGCUGCCGAGCACAUAAAACAUUACGAACUUAACGCCGCUCCCAAAGGCUGGUCCUGCCACUGGGACAGAGAGCACAGACGGUACUUUUAUGUGAACGAGAGGACCAACGCUUCCCAGUGGGAGUUUCCAGUUGUGGAGGAGAAUGAGGAAGCCAAGUCGCCCCCGCCGCCCACUUCUGGCCUCGGAGACACUAGCCAACCAUCUACAGAAACCACUGGUGCUAUAACAGGAGCUUCGUUAGGAGAUGUGCAGUCUUAUUGGUUGGUUCCCCAGCCUCCUCAGCCACCAUUGCCUCCACUUCCUCCUGAGGAUCCGCCACCUCCACCUACAGAGCAACCACCGCCACCUCCUCCACCACCUGAAUCUCCUCCUCCACCCCCUCCACCACCCCUUGAGGAUGACGGAGAGAUUGAGGAAGUGGAGAUGGAGGAUGAGGAGUCAGAGCCUCCGGCUCCUGGAACAGAAGAGUUCAAGGCGGCUGAGGAAGCAGCAUCUUUGGGACUUGCAGCUAAAGCCCAGAAACGCAAGACCCCAGGCUCAGUCCCGCUGCCCAAAACAGUCACCAUCGGCAGCAGCCCUAUUCUUUACACUCAACCCAUUGCUACUGCUGGCCCACUUCUAGUUGGAAGUGCUUACUGGGGGAUGACAACUACAGUUGCACCUCCUUUGCCUACAGAGAGCAUAGUCCCACCAAUGCCAGCUCUGCCGCCCCAGCCACCCCCUCCUGCUCCACAACCUCCCAGCACCCUGGAACCGAUGAGCAAAGCCCUCACAGAUAAAACAAAGAAACAAAAGAAAGAGAAGACAAAGAAGAGCAAGACAAAGAUGCCAUCCUUGGUAAAGAAGUGGCAGAGCAUUCAGAAAGAGCUAGAUGAAGAGGAGAAGUCGAGCUCCAGCGAUGAAGAUAGAGAACAGCACAACAGCAGACGCAUUGAGGAAUGGAAACAACAACAGCUUGCAUCAGGGAAGUCUGUGAAGAAUGCUAACUUUGAAACACUUCCUGAUGACUGGAGGGAAAGACUGUUAAAGAAAAAAAAGACGAUGCAGAGUUCUUAACAGUCUUAAACCAUAAACAAGAGCGGACUGAACUGUGUUUUGGUGUUGUGUCCCACUUGCUAAGCUUCAGUGGACUUAGUUGGGCAAAAUUGAAUGAAUGUUUAUUUUUUUAAUAUAAACGCACAUUGCUUGUCGGAGCCUAUUUUAGGUCAGCUCCGUGCUGUUAAAUUCAAAUGCAUCAUCUUUUGACUAAAGGUAUAGUUUGUUAUGGGUUGUUGAAAAAUAAAACAGCUUAUGUCCAGAAGUUAUUUUAAAGAUGCAGUGAACCUGAAACCAGGUUAAACAUGUACAGAAUAUUUCGUUCUCCUUUUGUUUUAUUACUCCAACCAUGAAACCUGUGCACGAUUUAUCUGUAAAUUAAAAUGUAAUGAAAUCAAUAUUAAAGGACUGUUCCAGUUUCUCAGAAAAAACAAAACAUAUGUUUUGUACAAUGUCAAGGGUGCGAACCAUCAGCUGUACAGUGAGCUGUGCACAGUCAUGGGUGACAUUAAACAGUGCUGUACCUGUGUAUCUAGCUAACAAUGAUUUAUAAGCUAAGCUUCAAUAUCAGU